AUGGUGUCUAUCACACCACUCAUCGUUGCCGUCCUGGCUUGUAACCUGUCCAGCGCCUUUGGCGCUCCAAGCGCUUUGGCCCAGGCAAAUGGCAGGCAGUCAGCCCUUCCAUUCACGAGCGACGCUCGGCCAGCCAGCAACUUCUACUCCGGUCCUUGGUCGAGCUUCCCUGCCAUGAACACGUGGGUGGGCUUCGACAGCAUGUUCAAUUCCAACAAGCCCUCCAUGCUUGCGGCUGGAAGCACUCAGCAGGAUGUGAACCGCAUCUAUACCGCAAUCACCGGCGUCGCCAGCUCCUCCGGCAUCGACCCCCGAGUCCUUCUAGGCAUCAUGAUGGAGGAGAGCCACGGGGGCGUCGGAGUGGUGACGACCUGGAACGCGGACGGCCAGGCCACGGGCGGCCUGAUGCAAGCAAGCGGAUGCCACGGCUUCGACAGGCAGAACGAUCUCGCCCAGGCUGAUAUCACCUACAUGGUGGACUGCGGCACACAGCACUACAAGAGGAACCUGGUCGACUGGGGUGACCAGAACGCGCCGCAGUCCAUCUACCCUGCCCUGCGCGAGUAUAACUCAGGCAGCGUCAUCCCCUCGGACUUGAGCCUCGCUCCCAACGGCGCUGGCAAUUCCGCCUACGUGAGCCAAGUCGCACAGCGGUUCGUGGGCUGGGUCAACUGA